AUCCAGGAUUCUUUGUUUUUGUGAAAUGUGCUUCAGCCUCCAGUCAAAACCAUCUCUGCUCUAAUGGUUUAAUUACUUUGAAAAUAAGAUGCAGGCCUGUUUCUCUCGGGCUGGAAAUAGUAACUUAUUAAUCAACAGUAAUGUGCGGUAUUUGGUGGCGGAGCAGACUGCAACCUGCCUCUCGAGGGGGGGAGAUUAAGCUAUCAAACAUACAGCCACACCAAUGGAGAGACUGUGGCAUAGCUAGUGGUCAGCAAGAAGUGUAACUAAUUUGAAAGUGUGGUGUUUUUGGAGAAGGAACGAACAGCUGAAAUCCACGAACGGCUGUUAUUUAGGAUGAGACGAUUCGUACGCUCUCACAUUGAUCUCAAGUCACCGGUCCCAGGAUGUUGUGUUUUUUUCAAGGAUUCUCAUUCAACAUCAAGGAAGGCCUUGAUGCAGAGAACAGGCUAGAAAGUAUGGAAUGCCGUUUUAUUCUAAAUUAAAUAACUGAAUAAAUACAUAAACAAAUGAAAUAUGCAUUUGAAAUACAUCGUGAAAUAAAUAAACGAGGCAAUACAUAAAUAUUAAAUACAUUUAAUCAUUUCAUGGUACUUUUAUUUCAUAAUGGCACUGGAUUUCAUAAUGACACUGGAUUUCAUAAUGGCGCUGUAUUUCAUUUCACGUUCUUAUAUGCAAAUCAGGGGGCGUGGCUAUCUCUCACAUUCAGAACAGACAACAGAGCCGUGUGCAAAAAAAGACUCGCUAAGGGUUUUAUUGCCUCAUUUAUUUAUUUCACAAUGUAUUUUAAAUGCAUAUUUCAUUUAUUUAUGUAUUUAUUCAUUUAUUUAAUUUGGAAUAAAGCGGCAUUCCAUAAGAAAGGGGGUCCAGUGUUUCUCGGUCCGAUGAACGUAAAAGUAGAGACUACAGCAGCGUGGCCUUCACCCAGUGGAUUUAAAGGUGAGGUCACCUGGCUGAAGUCGCCCCUUUUUAUUCAAUCCAAAUCCAUUAAAAAAAAGCCCAGCAUUUUGUUAUGAAUUUCUUCACACAUUCACACUUUGCUGGGUGCUUAGAGACACAUUUCUUUCCGGUGUGAUGAACACAUAUUCGCUUGCUUUACCCUGACUUCAACAAUUUGCAUAUGAUAUGCAAACCUUUUAGGAAAGCAAAAUACAUACAUUUAUUUGGAUGUGAUCUAAAUACAGGUUGUGUCCAGCCACUCGGGCUGCAUUGCCUCUUUUUUUAAUUGGCAGCCAAAAUAUUGGUGGAUUUAGCAUCCAUGUUUAUUAUUUGUGAACUUGGGCUCUAGAUCUGCCCUCUCCUGCUCAGCCGGUUAUUUAGACAGUGGCGGCAUACACGGAGGGACAAAGUGUCCAUUAGCUCUGGACGUAUAGGACAGACCCGGCUGUAGGCCUGGGCAUGCACGCUGAACAAUGGGCUACUGUAGCACUCAAGACAAAGCACAGGGGGCCUCAUUCAGAUUCCGUUAUGGAUACAAUUCAUUGCACCAGUGUCUCUUUGCGUUGCACGUGUUGUUUAACGUGGGGGCUCGAGAGCAGGUGCCUCUCAGUCUGUCCAGCACUGUAGAGAAUUCGGGUUCCAUUGGCCGAUGAUACCGAUGAGGUGAUUCGUUGAAAGGUGCAUUUGGGAAAGGUCUUUCUUGUUUAACUGGGACAUUCUUGUUCAAUUCUCAUUGUUUUGAGCACCAGUAAUUGUUUGGAGUUUGAAUAAACUAACCUUUUUAAUUUAAAGGUUGGUAACAUUCCAUAUUUUUCUUUUCUGUUGACAAAAUGCCGUAAGAAAAGACCAACACAUGUAUUGUUUGUUCCUCUUUCGUCCCAAAACACACCUUAUUUUACUCCCUUAGAUUUGAUUAUUUGUCUGUUAGAUUCACCACCAUGAGUAGACCUUCAUUUCAACAAGCCAACGAGCAGAAACUAGGUAGUCGAUUCUCACAGGAGUGUUGCCAGAGAGCCCUGGCAAUCGGACAACGCGCUCCUCCUCCUCCUCCUCCUCCUCAUCAACAGUCACAGGUGGAGAAACUGGUUGUCAUCCAACCGGGGUGGCGGAGCAAGAAAGUCCGCACAGAUCAAAUGAAGGAGGAGGAGUAGGCAGGGUGUAUUUGACUGGGUCGGCAGGCCUCUGGCCGACUGGUAGAGGCAUCGGGGGUGAGACACGGGUCCAGUGGACCAGGGCUUUCCAGCAGCUGGUCGCCACCAGUACAUCUGUGACUCUGACCAGUGGUGCCAUGUAUAUUUUACCCUCCCACUGCAUCAUGGGGUCAGCGCUGUGGCUCAAUGGCCCGAAAAGGAAGAGGAAGAACAGCCAAUGUUCCUUGAAGAGUAUGACUGCGCGUUGUCUGAGUGACAGCUCCAAAUCCCUCGAGCUGAAAGAAGCGAGCAAAGAAGGGUACAUCCCCAGCUACCUCGAAAAGGAUGAGCCAUGUGUGGUGUGUGGUGACAAGGCCACAGGUUACCACUACCGCUGCAUUACCUGCGAGGGCUGCAAGGGUUUCUUCCGAAGGACCAUUCAAAAGAACCUCCAUCCCAGCUACUCGUGCAAGUACGAUGGCUGCUGCAUCAUCGACAAGAUCACCCGCAACCAGUGCCAGCUGUGUCGCUUCAAGAAGUGCAUCGCGGUGGGCAUGGCCAUGGACUUGGUGCUGGACGACUCGAAGCGGGUGGCUAAGCGGCGUCUGAUCGAAGAGAACAGGCAGCGGCGCAAGAAGGAGGAGAUAGUGAAAACCCUCCAGAGCCGCCCAGAGCCCACGGAGGGCGAGUGGGAGGUGAUCCACCUGGUGACGGAGGCCCACCGGCACACCAACGCUCAAGGCGCUCAGUGGAAACAGAAGCGCAAGUUCCUGCCAGAAAAAAUCGGCCAAUCCCCGGUCGCCCCGACGUCGGACGGAGACAAGGUGGACCUGGAGGCUUUCAGCGAGUUCACCAAGAUCAUCACUCCUGCCAUCACCCGCGUCGUCGACUUUGCCAAAAAGCUGCCCAUGUUCUCGGGGCUACCUUGUGAAGACCAGAUCAUCCUGCUGAAGGGCUGCUGCAUGGAGAUCAUGUCGCUGCGAGCCGCCAUGCGCUACGACCCCGAGAGCGAGACGCUGACGCUGAGCGGCGAGAUGGCGGUGAAGCGCGAGCAGCUGAAGAACGGCGGGCUGGGCGUGGUGUCGGACGCCAUCUUCGACCUGGGCAAGAGCCUGGCCCAGUUCAACCUGGACGACACGGAGGUGGCGCUGCUGCAGGCCGUGCUGCUCAUGAGCUCAGAUCGCUCCGGCCUGACCUGUAUGGACAAGAUCGAGAAGUGCCAGGAGACCUACCUGCUGGCGUUCGAGCACUACAUCAACUACCGCAAGCACAACAUUCCUCACUUCUGGCCCAAGCUGCUGAUGAAGGUGACGGACCUGCGGAUGAUCGGGGCGUGCCACGCCAGCCGCUUCCUUCACAUGAAGGUGGAGUGUCCCAACGAACUGUUCCCCCCGCUCUUCCUGGAGGUCUUCGAGGACCAGGAGGUGUGAAAGGGUCGGAUAGGGGAUGGGAAGGGCCAUCUUCUUUUACAUGAAUAUAUAUAUAUAUAUAUAUAUAUAUAUAUAUAUAUAUAUAUAUAUAUAUUAAGGAGAAGGCUGGAGAGAGACUCCUUUCUGCAUUUCUCUGACAUCGCAUUGCAAAAAAAAAAGAAUCAAGUUGAGCAGACAGUAACAGGAACAACACACCAGCAACGGGAGAGUCGAGCUCUUUCUCCUCCUUCUACUUGCCCCAGUUUUAAAAUCUGUGUGUGUGUGUGGGGGGGGGGGUCCUUAUGUCUGAGCAUGAUGUCUUAUCUAGUAAGAGUUGUAGCCAUUUGCCAAGACACGUGUACACACACACACACACACACACACAGCCUGUUCCACCUCAGUUCCUCAGAGCAGGGCUCUGCUCGACCCUCUGUGGUUCUUUUCUUAUGAAGCGGUCAUGGAUCUACUCACCUUCUUGAAGCCCAUGUUUCCAGCUUCCACGCUGGGCCAGCGCAGUAUUAUUUCUGAACAAGUGUUAAUGCGGCAAUGUAGAAAACACACGAACACACACACAGCUGACACGCUUGUUGCUCACAGGCUUGCGUGCACGCGGCAAUCGUUAAUAAUGGCAGCAGAUGCUCUAAGCGUCGCUUUCGGCGUGUAACGACUGCAGUACAGCAGAGCAAGACGACUUUGGUCUUCAACCAAUUCCUCAACUCAAUCUGAGCCGUUCAACAGCUGGUUUUGAGCUUUGUACUUACAUCCCAGUGGAAACCGGUGCUAUAUUUAUACAAGGCUACUCCUCCAGUUUUAUGAAAUUGUGUUGUCUAUCUUUUGAAAAGAAAAUGUGCAGAACAUGGCUCCAUAUCUACCUUGAUUUUUGUCAUUGGACCGGCUUCUGUGACACACACACACACACACACACACACACAGAGAUAUGAGCUGACCUGCCUAGUCAGAACGAAUUUCUCGCUCGCUGCCUCCAAGGCGGUUUUUAAUAGCGGCGACCAGCGCGACGGCAAAGCUCAAAACACACACACACACACACACACACACACACACACACCAUCACCUCAGAGUAACGUGAAUGCCUCAUUUUACUGUACUCGCUGCGCGUGUGUUGCGCGCAGCGUCGAUACACAGCCCUUACCUGCAGGGCUUGUACGGAGUCCUCUCCUCACAGACACUGCUCAGUGUGGCCCUCCAAGGCUUCCAUACGCAUUUGCCUUUUUUUUUCUUCUUCUUCUUUUUUUUUUUUUUCUUUUUUCACCAGGCAAAUGCCAUUUACCUCAAAAGUGGAUUACACCCCCAGGCUGGGGCCGCGACACUGCCCCACGAGGUGUCAGGCGCUACCUCAUCUCUGUGGACACGGGGCAGCCGCCCGCAGCCAACACACACACACACAAGAAAAAAAACACCUGUGGCACGAACACGCAAAAACACACACACAUCCUGUGAAAUACCAUUGAAGACAGGAGGGCCAGCCAUCAUCCGCCCCCCCCACACACACACACCACAGUUUUUACCCACUCCAGUGAAUGGUACCCAUCUCUUUGUUUCUUUUUUCUUUUUGUUAUACGGGACCAAGUGUCGUGUCAUGUUUUGGAUUUACCUGUUUCUACCACCACGGAGGGGGAAAAAAAAGCCGAUUCACCGAUGCAACAAAGGACAGCGCACCUGUGCCAGGUAACGGAGAGAGGGAGCACUCGGAAGUAACGAGACCUCGGUGGCCGCGCCCGCUGAAUGGGCCACAGGUACCACCGUGAUGGCUGCCGCCCGGUCGCCGUGGAAACGCGCUCUCCUUCAUGCACGGGCCGUGCAACGUCAACGUCAAAUUAAGGCUCCGCUGACGGCGCCCUGUGACGGCAGGAUCCCGCGGCGGAUAUCGUAGUGCACCAGACAAGCGACCCUUCAAGAAUGUUGAUUCGAUCCCGAAAGCCC